AUGGUUAGAGAAAGACAACAAACCAAAGUUAUGGAAGCUAUUCGAGAUUAUGAGCUUCCAAGUGGGCAAGGCUUGAACCAAGAAACUAGUCUUAAACGUGCAAGUGAUACACGUUGGGGCUCACACUAUGGUACCUUGGUAAGCUUGGUUAAUAUGUUUUCUUCUGUAAUUGAGGUGCUUGAGAUGAUUGUAGAUGAUGGUGUAAGUCUUGAUCAAAGAGGUGAAGCGGAUAUUUUGUUGAAUCUUUUGCAAUCUUUUGAUUUUGUCUCUAGUCUCUUUUUGAUGAAAGAAAUAUUGGGAAUCACAAAUGUGUUGUCACAUGCAUUGCAAAAGAAAGAUCUCGAUAUAGUGAGUGCUAUGGCUUUAGUCAAAGCAUCUCGAGGGAGGUCACGACGUAGAGUUGAAAAUUUGACAAACCUUCAUCACUACCGUGUUGAUCUCUUUAUUGAUGUUAUUGAUAAGCAACUUCAAGAGUUGAACAAUCGUUUUAAUGAGACAAGAAUUAAUAACCUUGCACAAAAGUUGGUGGAGACAAAGAGGGAUAGACAGUAUCCCCUGGUGUACUUGCUAGUGAAAUUAGCAUUGAUUUUACCUGUUGCGACUGCUUCAGUUGAAAGAGCUUUUUCGAUGAUGAAAAUUGUGAAGAAUCCACAUCGUAAUAGGAUGGGUGAUCAAUGGUUGAAUGAUAGUUUGGUUGUGUACAUUGAGAAAGAUGUAUAUGAUUCUAUUAGUAAUGAUGUUGUAAUACGACGUUUCCAAAAUAUGAGAACACGUCGUGGACAAUUAUGA